AUGAUUUUAGAUAGGCUAGAGGGAUUCCAACCAUCGUAUGUGAAGACUUGGGCUGCGAAGCAAAUUGCUAUAGCAAGAAUUUUUGGGAACUGGGAUGAGUCGUACGCAGAAGUCAAAAGUUUCUUGGCCGCGGUGAAAGUUAAAAAUCCAGGUACGGAGUACAUCCUGCUGUCGAAAGAUACAAACAUACUAGGAUGCCACACGUUCGAUCGUCUUUUCUGGGCAUUUGGGCUAGCCAUCGAAGGGUUCAAGCAUUCCAGGCUUAUGAUAAGCAUUGAUGGUACCUUCCUAACAGGAAAGUACAAGGGUGUAAUCUUGGUUGCUGUGAGUCAGGACGUAGAAAAUCAAAUAUUCCCUAUUGCAUUUGCCAUUGUGGAGAAGGAGGAUGCUGAUAAUUGGGGGUGGAGAUCUGCUUUGGAAACCCCCCAUGCUUAUCAUCGUUAUUGUGCCCGUCACAUUGGGGCAAACUAUAUGAGGAGGUUCAACAAAAUUGUGGGUAACCAAGUAAAAGUUACAGCCUUGAAAAUCCAAAAACGAAAGUUUAAAGCUCAGCUUGAAAAGACUAAAAAGUUUGGCGAUGAAGAAAAGGUCUACAAGGAACUAACGGAGGAUUUGGUUUUAAAGAAAUUGUCAUUCACGCAUGAUGGAGGUAGGCGUUACGGAUCGGAAACAACAAACAUCUCAGAGAGCUUGAAUGUGGUCCUAAAAGAAGCUAGGCACUUGCUAAUAAUGGGAACGGUUAUGAUGACAUUCUACAAAAGCGUUAACUAUUUCAAUGACAGAGCCUUAGAAGCACAAAAAAAAAUUGAGACGGGGGGAAACUGGAGCAUGUUUGCCAUAAAAAAGUACAAACACUGGAGAAAUAAGGCAUUAAGACACCAGGUCAUUGAGUUUGACCGCGCGGCACAAACUUACGAGGUGCAAACUCCAAUGAAUCGAACGAGCCCAUAUAAAGGAAAUCACAGGCAUUCAGUUGACAUGACCAAUCGUACGUGCAGUUGCAACAAGUUUCAACAAUGGAAGAUGUCGUGCUCGCAUGUGCUUGCGACGUGCAUGUUCAUGAAAACUUCCCCUUUUGAAUACUUCAGCGAUGUUUGGUCACUCAAAUCAAUUAUACAAAUGUAUGCCUCUCAACCAUUCAGGUCCCCGCGUGACAAGGCAUGUUGGCCUGAAAUCAUUGGGCCAACCAUCAUUCCAGAUCGAGAACGUAUCCGGGGGCGAGGGUGA